AUGUACUUUGUAAUAGCCAAUAGACUUCUCAAGGAAUUCGACAAUGUGGCCUUUAGGCACAUUCCCAGGGUGGAGAAUCAAGAGGCAAAUGACCUCGCUCAACUGGCGUCUGGAUACAAAGUAUCGAAGGAAAAGUUAGAAGAGGCCAUUGAAAUCAGAGGAAGAGUCAUAUCUACCAAGUUGUCCCCAUCAGAUUUGGAGUCAAUAAGAUUAGGAUAUGGCGAUGAAGAAAAUUUUGAGAUAUUAAAUAUAGAUGAUCCAGGAAUUGAAGACUGGAGAAAGCCCAUCAAGGAUUAUCUACAAUACCCAAAUCAGAAAGCCGAAAGAAAGAUAAAAUACAGAGCUUUAAGUUAUGUACUUUUUGGAAACAAAUUGUUCAAAAAAACUGCAGAAGGAGUCUUGUUGAAAUGCUUAGGUGAAGAUGAAGCUUACAUAGCAUUGUCAAAUGUGCACAGUGGAGCGUGUGGUGCACACCAAGCAGGAAGUAAAAAUAGCAGUAGAAUAAUUGUAAACAUAAUUGUGAUAGCUUUGCCAAACAGAAAUGGCAUCAAAGUUAUUACAAAGAAAGCCUCAAAGGGCUAA